AUGAUCUGCAGCUAUCUUUUCUUCUUUUCUCUCUUUUUAUUUAAUAUCAAUUUCGUUUCGUCAACUGUCUAUUCUUGCAAUCACAAUGCUGAAUGUGGAUGUUCAAAAAAUGAUGUUGUAAUAGACAAGAUUGUUGGGGGUGAAUCAGCAGCUAGCUCAAGUUGGGGAUGGGCUGUAUCUUUACAGAGGGAUGGCAGCCAUUUUUGUGGUGGUUCAAUUAUUUCACCAUUACAUAUCAUUACAGCUGCUCACUGUGUUCCGAAUCCUACGACGGUAAUCGGAAUUGUAAAUGUAGUUGCUAGUAUAGAUAAGCUGUCCGAAUCAUCAUCGUCAAAAGCUCAAGUACGUUUUAUUACUAAUGUUUUUUCGCAUCCGAACUAUAAUGAUACAUCGAAAGUGAAUGAUAUUGCUGUUUUACGACUUGAUGAACCAUUGUACAUUUCGUAUGACGUAGGUACUGCUCGACUAUGUAUACCUCGCACUGUUUCAACAAAUAUACGUGAUGAUUAUCCCAUUCCUGGUUCAUCAUUGGUAGCAAUUGGAUGGGGUACAUUGGCAUCUGGAGAUAUAUCAAUACCAGAUAAUUUGCAUCUUCAACAAGUGACUUUGAAUGCAAUGUCUUCAAACCAUGAAAUGUGUAUACCUACAAUCAAUAAUCAACAAGUUCAAUUUUGUGCUGCUGUGAUAGGUGGUGGAAAAGAUACAUGCCAAGGUGAUUCAGGUGGCCCUUUAAUGCACUUUGACAAUUGCAAUGCUGAAUGUGGAAGUUCAAAAACUGAUGUCAUAGUAGACAAGAUUGUUGGUGGUGAAUCAACUGUUGACUCAAGUUGGGGAUGGGCUGUAUCUUUACAAAUAUAUGGUAGCCAUAUUUGUGAUGGUGCAAUUAUUUUACCAUUAUAUAUCGUUACUGCUGCUCAUUGUGUAAUAUGUCCUUCCGAGAUGAUUAGAAAUACAAAAGUAGUUGUCGGAAUAGAUAAAUUGAACCAGUCAUCAACGUCAACUGCUCAAGUACGCUCUAUUGUUAGGGCUUUUGCACAUCCGAACUACAAUAGUGUUUCAAAUGCCAAUGAUAUUGCUGUUUUACGAUUUUAUCAACCAUUGGACAUUUCAUAUGACAGAGGUACUGCUCGACUAUGUAUACCACGUGUUGUUUCAACGAAUAUACGUGAUGAUUAUCCCGUUCCUAACUCAGCAUUAGUAGCCAUUGGAUAG